AUGUUUGGAUUUGUUCAGAUUUUGGAGUUCAGAUCACAAAAUGGGAAACAUUUUGUUGGAUUAGCGUCAUCUGAAAGUGGGAAAGCCUUUCCAGAGCCCUUACCAUCUUUAUCGAUGGACCCCUGCAUGGGUGGAAAUGGAUGUGCUCACAUCUGUCAGAGUGAGCAUGGCGUGGCCAGGAGUGCCGGUCACCCAGGGUACCAGCUGUCUGCAUACAAAAAGGCCUGUGCAGAUGUAAACGAGUGUGCUGAAGGGCUUGCUCCCUGCAGCCAUCGCUGUGUGAACACAGUGGAAUCUUUCACUUGUGCCUGCCACCCUGGUUUUGAGCUGGGAGCUGAUGGAAAACAGUGUUACAGGAUUGAAUUGGAAAUUGUCAAUAGCUGUGAAAAGAAUAAUGGUGGUUGUUCCUGUCACUGUGAACAUGCAGUUGGUGGGCCCUGUUGCUCCUGUAACCAUGGACACUGGCUUGAUUCAGAUGAGAAAACAUGCAUAGACCUUGAUGAAUGUGAGAGUGGAGAAGCCUGCUGGGCCCAGCUCUGCAUCAACUAUUUAGGAGGCUGUGAAUGCAGUUGUCAGGAAGGCUUUAGGAUCAGUUCUGAUGCUUGUGGAUGUGAUGAUGUGGAUGACUGUCUGGAUGUCAGUAUCGUCUGUGACCAACUAUGUGUCAACUCUGUGGGAACCUAUGAGUAUACUUGUGAGGAAGGCUGCAGAAUUGGAAGUGAUGGAAAACCUUGCAUCUUUGAUGAUGAGUUAAAGGAAGAAGAAGAGGAAUUAGACAUUGUGAAGUUUCCAGGUCUUCUAUUCAAGAGCCCACCUCAACUGCUUCAUUAUGUGGCCACCUCUCUGCCUCUCACCCACGAAGAUGAAGAAGAUGAGGAGGAAGAGGGGAAAGGUAUUCGAGGAGAACUGACUGCUUUGCACAGAGUUGGUGCUGACGUAGACAGUAUGGGUCCACUAAGAUGGUAUCGCAUUCCGGUCUGUUUAGAUCAUACCUUCGGACACGAUUGCACGUUGAGCUGUGAGGACUGCAUGAAUGGAGGCUGGUGCCAGGAAGGAAAGAGUGCAUGCUUCUUCCCAGCUGGCUGGGGAGACAUUCUUUGUAACGAAUCUCGUUCCCUAGAGACCAGUGGGAAAGAGUAUGACGGCAUCUGUGAUUGUCAGAACGGAGGCACCUGUGAUCCUCUGAGCUGGCAGUGCCAGUGCCCCUCAGGGGUUCAUGGGAAAACCUGUGAAGACGGAUGCCCAAAAGGAUUCUUUGGGAAGAGUUGCAAAAGGAAAUGUAACUGUGCCAACAGUGGCCAUUGCCACAGGGUGUAUGGCGCCUGUAUGUGUGAGCCAGGGCGCUAUGGGAGGUUUUGUCAUCUGAACCGUCCCAAGGGAGCCCAUGGAGCUGGCUGCACUUCAGAAUGUCAGUGUGUGGAGGAGGACACCCUGGGAUGUAGCGCCAAAAACGGCAGUUGCACCUGCAGAUCUGGUUACCAAGGCAACAGAUGA